AAGGGAUUACUUUACAGGGGAUCUAUUUUGCCGGUUAGAGCUAGGUUUUAGCUAUUAUGUGUCCUGUUUGACUUCCCUUGACCAAGUCAACUUUAACUCGCCGGAAGCUUAAAUGAGUUUGUUGUUGUUACAAUUUCGUUUCCAGAACCUCUGGACCAAUACGGAACUUUCGGGAUGUGCCGGAACGACCGAUUAGAUUUGAGGUUUAUACACCGUGGUAACUUGAUAGCAAGUAAUUGUAGGGCAAAGUUGACAUCGCUACAGCUGGCGUUUUGCUAGCAGACAGUCCGUUAAAAGCUAUGUGCAGUCCCACGAUGACGAUCCAAGUCACUAUUGGUGCUUAGUACCUGGAUGUAAAUUAGAUGGAAUGAAAAAGGUGCCCUUAGACGCGUAUCCUUGAAUUGAGAGCGUGAAGUUUUACCGAUAUUCUCAAGAUAUUCCUCGCCUACUCACAUGAUUUAAUGAAAUGCGUUUUCCUAUAAAUGGUUGUAGUGAUUCCUUUCUUUGAAAAAUAACAUUUUAAUACAGGAAUUUGACAGCAAUUGAAGUAUUACAUGCAUGUUUACUUAGUUGUUAUUGUAAUCCGGAAGUGACAUGCCCUACAAAUUACGUUCAAUGCGCGUUAAACGUCAGAGUGGAUCCGUAUCUCGAAAAUCCCGUAUUGUAAUCCAACUUGCAUUAAAUCAUUCUUUAGAAAUGAAGAUCCACGUAUGUCCAAAUGAAGGGUCAUAACUGUUUCAAUUGGCAUUUCCUAUAUGAAUAAAAAAAAGAAGGUACAAUUGGGUUGGAUGCUUGAAAAUUUCCUCCUCAAGAACUUCUGAAUCACCUUUGUGUGUCAAAUUUCUUAUGAAAUAAAGUUUCAAGUUUGUUUAAACAGUAAGCCUCAGGGCCACGAUAGAGCCACGGUAUAAUAUACAUUUUGUAGAUAUACAUGUCAGUCAUACCUAUGUGUAGAUGAUUUGUAAGUCAUGUCCAUGUAAAGAUGAUUGAUAUGUAUUUAGGUUGUGACUUUUGACGAGGCAUAAUCAAAAAGAGACGCAACAUUGGAACCAUAAGUAUGUUAUUUAUAGCUAGCCGAGCUUUAAUGACUAGAGCGCGGGAAAUAAUCCGAGCUAAAUCUAAACCUCUAACACAAUCGGAUCACGAGCUUGUCCUCUUCCGUAACCGGAAUCCAAGGAUGAUGACCAACCAUGCCACUUGUUAUUAACGACUUAAAAACCAUUAAUUAAUUCUAGUUUUGUGAAUCAAUCUAAAUUAAUGUAUCCUCACAACAACAGUGGAUAGGGGCUUAAAUAUGUUGCAAUUUUAUUAAAUGAUUAUUUGUGAAUGCUGAAAUAUUUCAUCAUUGUGUUACAACUAGGAUUAUGUACAAUAUUAUAAAAAAUGUUCUAAUUUUCUCUUUUGGAGCAUACCAUUGCUGCAAGGUGAUUAUCAUAUGAAUUUCAUUUUUUUUUUAAAUUAGAUAGGAUCGCAUGGUGGUGAUAGUGGUGGGGUGGGGGUGGGGGUGAUUCGCGCAUAUAUGUAGAACGUUUCGGCCCAAAAGUUGGACACUUCUGCCCAGACGUUUCGGCCCCAAAAAUUGGACACUUCGGCCCAAAUUUUUGAGACACUUCGGCCCAAAGACAUUUCGGCCCAAGACAUUUCGGCCCUAUUUUGUUUUUGUUUUUUUUGUAUGAGACACUUCGGCCCAUAUUUUUCAUUUUGCUAACAUCACCCAUAUUAUUGCGUUUCCACAACAUUAUAGUAAAUUGACACUUCGGUCUGUGGCAACACGAUACACUGUGGUGGAGGGAGCCACAACACGUUUGCGGCCUAAGCUGGUGGACAACUGUGGAUUUUCUUACACGAUGAAGAGAAAAAACGACGAUAAAACAUAUUGGCGAUGUGCGAAGCAAUCUAAGAUAUUUAUAUAUCAUAUAUUAAAACCACCUAUCUAUAACAAAACGAAUACAGUUUAAUUCAAACUUUCGAGUACUUGGAAACUAAUUAUAAUUCACAAACACAAUUUGAUAUAUUUGUUCCUACAUGCCCAAUAGUUGAAUUUAUCGAUUUAUUUAAAAUUAUCAUUAUAUUAAAAUGCAUUUUAUGUUCCAAGGCAGUGCUGUUUACACAAUUUUACAAACUUGAAAGGUUUGGGUAUUUUUAUCAUACAAUUAGUAACUUGAAAAGAUUGAGAGUAGAAAAAAGGAAAGUAGAGACAGUCAACUGCUGAGAGCAUACAGCUCAGAACAUUUCGCGCGUCACAGUGAGGGCAGCAGAAAUGAAAUGUAUAUAAAGCAUACAAAUAUUUCAAUCACAUUUAAAAUGUAUACAUGUUUUAAUGAUUUUUAAUAUAAAACCCUGGGAGAAAACUAAGCAUGAAGCUGCGCUCGCUCAAACGGUAGCACCGUCAACAUAUUAAGAGAUAUUCUCCUUAUAAAAGUUUAUUAAACAUUAUACAGAGUAAUUACAUCCAGAAUAGAAUAUUGUAAUAUGUGGCUUACUGUUGCUGGUGCUUGUUAUGAAAUAUGAAAGCCCUAGCUAUUACUCACGUGAGCAAGUUUCAGGCAGACAUGACAAAAACAAUAUGCCCCACCCCAAUUUUAUUCAUUGGGACAUAAAAAUGAAUCAACAGAACUUAAGAACAUUUGCAUUUUGAAAUUAUUUAGUGUGGCCCUGCUAACCCUGAAAAGAGUUUGUUUUAAUUUUCUAUCUCGUAUAAAUGUGAAAAAUAUAUAUAAGGAUUCUUAUAGUUGCGUAAUUACAUGGAUGAAUGCAUAUAUUUUUAUGCAUGCUUGCUGAUUUGUACAUAGCUUGCAGGACAAUAAGCAUUUUUAUAAAACUUAUUGAAAAAUUUGCCUCCUUUAUCUUGCUUGUAAGUGAUUGAAUUGUUUCUUAAUUCAAUAAAAUGGAGUGGCGUUUUUCCUUUUAUAAAAAGUGUACAGUAACUGGUGAUACACCAGUGGGCGGAACCAUCAUUUGCAUAUUUUUUAAAACUGUACAUGUGCUGUGCAAAUAAAUUAUUGAACACCACCGUAUACGUGUUGGUAGUCAAAUCAUAUUACCAAUUACAUAUCGUUAUAGACAGAGGACCGGGGCCUGUUUUAGGCUUUUACACUUGGUUUUCUCUUUUUUGCAAACUAUGAAGAUUUUCCUUUAAAACCAGCAUGGUUAUCCUAUCUUUGUUGGUACCUUUUCAUUAUUAAUUGAAUAUGUCAGGCAUGUGUUUAUUGUCAAUUUAAAAAAAAAAAGAUUUUCUAUAAAUCUAUCGGGGCCCUAUAAGAAAUCUAGCUAGUUUAACUCUUUCAAUAGACUUUUCUCUACUUUCUUUGAUGUGAAGUGAUUUUGCAAUGUUGUUAGAAAAAAAAAAUAAAAUGGUCAAAGCCACACUUGAACUACUUACAUAUGUACUUGUUAAACAGGAAGAAAGUGUGAUAAUCUGUACACUAUUGUGUGUAUUUUGCAACAAAAGUAUUCAUAAAACAGAGGCAAACAGUGAAUGCAUACAACGCCUCACUGACAAGUCAAAACAGCUGACGGAGACCAGAAAUGUUGGUAAAGAUUUCUUCUUCAGGCCUUUUGAGAUAUGUAGCUGCCAUCAUGUUGUGCAUAUCUAUUGCCCAAACAAUGGCUCAGUCGUUAUAUAAUUUACGUGAAGAAUGCUACGAGUUGGAGAAGAGGAUUUUGAAACUGGAAAGUGAACAGAUGAGGCAUAAAAAUGAAAUGAGUAGAAAAUAUGUGGCUUUCUCUGUCACAGCAGGGACGGACAUUAAACAAACCAUAACAGGAGGAAAACAAACCAUGGUUUUGAAGAAUGUUCUGUCUAACAUUGGAGGAGGGUACAAUUCUACCAAUGGCAUAUUCACUGCACCUACUUCUGGAACAUACGGAUUUUUCUUUUCCGUUCAAGUGCGACCUAACAAUGGGCUUAGUAUCUUAUUGUUUCUGAAUGAUGUUGUUGUGGCUGAAGCGCUGGCAGGACCCGUUAACGGUGCUUUCACUACCGGUGGCAACAUGGUCGCCCUUGUUCUAAAGAAAAAUGACCUCGUGUACAUCAAAUCACAUCCAUCGCAUUCACGAAAUGUAGCAAUUCAGUACAGCGGAAACAAUUUUUCCGGAUUUUUACUCUCGGAGGAGGGAUAAAAGGACACACUCCCUUUUCGAUGCCUUAUCGUAAUGGUUUGUGUGCAAACGAUUUCUGGUGUAAGUUUGAAUAAAAAGAUUGCUUUCCAA